AGCCUUUCCCUCCAUAUCGGUUUUUUUGUUGAACAUGUCCGGACGCCAAGGUGGAAAACUUAAGCCUUUGAAGGCAGCCAAGAAGAAGGGAGGUGAUCUUGACGAAGAGGAUCUUGCUUUCAAGAAGAAGCAACAAGAGGAGGCCAAGAAGCUCAAGGAGAUGGCAACUAAGGCUGCUGGCAAGGGUCCUCUUGUCUCUGGCGGUAUCAAGAAGUCUGGAAAGAAAUAAGCAAUAAACACAAUAUCCAAUUUUACAAGGAAAAAAUCUUUAAUAUGAUCUAAUGUCUGUUUGAUUCUAGUUGAGAGAAUCUGAUGCUAUAUUUACAAAACGUGGUUGAAUUAGGCUUUGAAAUGUGUGAAUGUAGUGCAAAACGAAGGAAAAUAGAAACGUAAAUUCUAUGUUGAAUAGAUCCACAAAUAGAGGUUCAAUAGAGAAAGAUUAUUUGUCGGCUGGGUGAGAGCGCUGUAUCUCUUCAAUAACUCGGGCGAGGAUAUCGGCUGGGGCGGUGGUGAACAUGGUGGAUGGGUAAAUUUUACUGCCCCAAGUAGGGUGAAGGAGUACGUGGCAGCAACCGGUAUUCUGAAUGUCGUAUUUCAAGAGUGCUUGGGUGCCUUGUACAUCUGGAUAUGGGCUAGCACCUGGGGCGCCAUAGAUCUAGACGAAAGUAUUAGUAAAUUCUUGUCGAUUGGACGC